CCUUUCUUCCUCCUCCACCUCCCACAGAGCUAAGAAGCAGCAAGCAAGCAAAGCAAGCAGCCACUCACACACUAGCCAGGAGCAAGAGCACCAGUUCAGGGGCAGGCUAGCGAUGGAGAAGUCGACCAAGAUGGUGGCGGUGCUCGUCCUCGCCGUGCUGGCCGCGGCGACCAGCGCCGAGGCGAGGAACAUCAAGACGACGGACGCGGCAGCCGCCAGCAAGGACGCGGUCCUGCAGCCGACGACCUUCCCGCCCUUCGACCGCCUCGGCGGCCUCCCCGGCGGCAGCAGCAUGCCGGGAUUCAGCCUCCCCGGCAGCAGCGGCGCCACCCCGGGCAUCAGCGGCAUCGGCAGCAUGCCCUUCCUCGGCGGCAGCUCCCCCGGCCUCGGCGGCUCCACCGGUCUCGGCGGCUUCGGCGGCAUGCCGGGGUCCCCCGCUGCAGCUGCCGUCGACGAGCACGCCAAGAAGCCGUGAAAAGCUGAGGGCGGCCGUUGAUAGCUAGAUCCGCUGGUGUGUGGCAAGCACUGACGGGGCGCAUGGUUGAUGGUUCGGUAGUGCUACUCGUAGCGUGCAUGCAUGGUUCUGUGGGCGCUAUACGCCGCGCGUACGUACGUUUGGAGAACUCGAUUUGUUUGUUGUGUUUGUCGCUUAAUUACGUCGUUAGGUCAAUCUCUAUCGCUCGUUCGUGUUAAGUUCUUGGUUAUCUGUAGUAGUGGUGCAUGUUCUUGAGGCAUAUGAAUAAUGCUAGAUGUACGUGUCGCUUGUGCUGUGGUAAGUGAUGAUGAAAUGAAUGGAAUAUUAUUGUAGUA